UGCACAGCUGUUCGCACUCUGAUGGAGGUGGGAGGUGGGGCAAUUUUGGGGCAGUAUUGUUUUGUGUGUGGAUCCGUUUACUUCGAUAAAGGCGAGUGCUGAUGUUGGCCUACAAUUAGCGUAAGUGCAACGCCCCCCUGCCCGCCCGUACAUAUAUAAUUUGGAUAUAUGUAUUUAUGUUAUUCGAGUGCAAGUGACCGAAGCCACGACAACCAAAGAGCAACGCACGCACGGAGUUUCCAACAAAGGCUGCCCGCUUUAGUGGUCCGGUGACUUUCGCCGGAGAGGUUACUCCGUUUGCCAGUUACUCCCCACCCAUAGCCACAUUCCCACCCGCACCCACAUCCGAGGGCCUCGUUCGGAUGGCAAGACAAUAAAGGAGCACAAAGAAAUCAGACUGAGAGUAGAGCUCCUUUGUCGCAUCUCUGGAAGAAUCAUUUGCCAGUGAACCAUCGCAGUGAAAAGCAAUGACGGAGAGCGAGGAGUUGAUGAACAAGUACGGCGAGCCUUUGCGCUACGACCGCAACUUCACGGGACCACGGCAGCGGGAUAGGAGCUGUACUGAUGUGCCCUGCCUGCUGCUCUUCGCCCUCUUUCUAGCCGGAUGGGGCUUCAUAGCGCAGUACGCCAUCAAACAUGGCGAUCUCAACAAGCUGAUGGUGCCCUCGGACUCAUUUAACCGCAAGUGCGGCAUCGACUCCGGUGUGCUGAACAAGAAGAACCUCUUCUUCUUCAAUCUGGAGCAGUGCAUUGAUCCCUUAGUUCCCCUUACGGGCUGUCCCACACCCCAGGUGUGUGUGGAGAAGUGUCCCAGCCAGACGUUCGUCUGGGACACAAUGAAGAACUCGUUGAGCUUUGAGGAUCUACACAGUCGACUCAUCUGCCUGACGGAGGAGACCAAGGCGCAGAUUCGCAACAAGGAGCAAAUGAACAAUGCCAUCCAGAAUAACUUGUGCGCCCGAUGGUACAUCAAGAGUGCUGCCUUCCUCAACCGCUGUCUCUUCGAGUUCUCACCACAGGUGUGCGAGUAUAUUCCAGCUUUUCUUUUGAGAAGCGGACGCUCGCGAAGGGAGCUGACGCUGCUGCCUGGAAAUGCCACCACUGAAGUCGAGCUGGAGGCCAAGGCCAUGGCGCUUAGCAUGGCGGAGGCACAAUCUCUAGUCGCGCAACAGGGAAAUUCAAAGCAAUCCCCGGUGGAGGAGGAGCCGGCCACUCAAUGUCGACGCACACUGAACGAGGCUGUGAUAAAGGAGAAGAUGAUGCAAACCGACACCCGGCUAGCCAAGAUGGUGGGCAACCUGGUGGCCCAUUUCUAUAAUGGUACCCACGACGCCCAGCGGUUGGGCGAGGAGAUAGUUGAGGAUCUGGUCAACUCCUGGUCAAUAGUGCUAGUGGCGUGCUUUUGCACGUUGAUUGCCUCUCUGAUCUUCAUAGCUCUGAUGCGAUGGCUCUCGGCUCCGAUCCUCUGGUUCUCAAUCUUCGGCGUGCUCAUUGGCCUCCUGGUAGGCAUCUACUACACCGUGAGGCAGUACAUAUUCUGGGAGAAGACGCCCACGGUGACGGUGCAUGGCUUGAACCUGCAUUCCACGGUUAAAAAUGUGCUCCAGAACCAGAAGACCUGGCUCUACCUGUCCAUCUUCGUGGCCGUGUGCUUCGUGGUUAUCCUGCUGCUGGUCAUUGUGCUGAGGAAACGCAUCCGGAUAGCCAUUGCGUUAACGAAGGAGGGUAGCAAAGCGGUGAGCAGUGUGAUCAGCACCGUUUUCUUCCCCAUCUUCUCCUGGGUACUCUUUAUAGCGGCGAUUGCGUUCGCCGUCGGUGUGGGCUUGUACCUAGGCUCCAUCGGUCAGGCGUCCUUCCGGAUGGUGCGUCAGUUGACAGCUGAUGGUGAAGUGACCAAUGAGCCGUGCGUCUGCGAAGGUCCAGCCAUCAACUAUACCAUCGGGGGAUCCUGCAAUCCGGAGGUUUUCCAGCAGCAUUGCUACAAUCAGCAGGCCUCGACUUCAGGUUUUUUCCAGCAAUCGCAGCGAGUUGCCUGCUCGAAGACCACAUGCAGCUUCGAUACGAUUGAAAAUCCGCCACUGAUUAAGUGGGCCAUCUUCUACAACGUCUUUGGAUUCCUCUGGCUAAGUUUCUUCAUCUCGGCCUUCAGUGACAUGGUUCUAGCAGCCACCUUUGCCCGCUGGUAUUGGACCUUCAAGAAGCGAGACGUUCCCUACUUUACGCUAACACGAGCCUUUUGCCAAACUGCCUUCUACCACCUGGGAACGGUUGCUUUUGGCUCGCUGAUCCUGGCCAUCUGCCGAUUGAUUCGCCUGGUGCUGGAGUACAUCGAUAGCAAGCUGAAGAAGUACGACAAUUCGGUGACGCGGGCCAUCCUCUGCUGCAUGCGCUGUUUCUUCUGGCUGUUGGAGACCUUCCUGAAGUUCCUCAACCGGAAUGCCUACAUCAUGUGCGCCAUUCACGGCAAGAACUUCUGUAGCAGUGCCAAGGACGCGUUUAACCUAAUUAUGCGAAACUUUUUGCGCGUGGUCACGCUAGACAAGGUCACGGACUUUUUGUUCUUCUUGUCGAAACUGCUGCUUACCGCCGGAGCGGGGGUGUCCACCUACUAUUUCCUGGUCAAUAAUCCUGCCAUCAUUCAGCUACAUCAUAAUGCGGUGCCCACGACCGUGGUGGUAAUUGCCGCCUUCCUCAUUACGAGCGUGUUUUUCGGUGUCUACUCCACGGCCGUGGAUACACUGUUCCUUUGCUUCCUGGAGGACUGCGAGCGGAACGAUGGUUCACCGGAGAAGCCCUUCUUCAUGUCCAAACAACUCAUGAAGAUACUGGGCAAGAAGAACAACCUUCCACCGCGCCAGCGACGCGGAAAGUAAGAAUUUACCCCGGGAAACGGCAGUGCAAAUUAUCAGUUAAUUGAAAAAAAGAUUUACCUACUUACGAUAUACAUAUUUAUGUGUAAUAUAACCCAAAAUCGAUGGGGUUGUGAGCGAGAUUGCUCAAGCUGUAGGUUGCAAUAGAGAUUGCAUGAAAUGCAAGCAGCUUUAAGCCAAUACUCUUAAACUUUAACGGUAAAGCUAAUGUAUAUAAUACGCCAGUAAUUAUAAUCAUUUUUUUGCGGCAAGGCCUGUGCGAUCGAAGGGACAUGUGAUAGGCGCCAACCCAUAAAGACCAAAAGCAAUACAAAACAAUAAAUUGUAUACAGAGACACGAAAGUACAUAUCUCAUCUUGUUUUGUUUAAACCUUAAACUAUUAUCUCAAUUAUUAUUUUUCGAAUUUAAUAAAAAAUGAAUUCCAUUAAAA